AUGGAUAGCAGUUUCAUCACCGAAACUAACCGCCACGGCUUCCUCUCCUCCUCAAGGGUGACGAAAGUAGACAAAAUGAUUUAUCGCUUAAGACCGACCCCUAAAAAAGCCCCCGUCCUCAGGCCGGCGGCCAUCGGGGAUCAGAGAAUUCCGAUUAAUAAAGAAGACAAAAAAAGUGGAAGGGGCGCGAUUAGGAAGACGGACAAAGGGCAGGAGAUAAAAGGGAUAAAAGUCAAUAGUCCUGGGCUCCUCCGACCUUUCCCUCGCACCUAG